UUAAAAUCUUCUAUACUACGUCGUUUUCACACCAGGCGACACUGAAGCAAGAUUUCCACAGGGAAGAGGCGUUUAAAUAUAACUCUUAGAACAAACGCAGACAGGAGAGGAGCGCCGCUGGCUAAAGUAAUGCUAGCCACCUUCUUUAUGGGAGGUGACCAUGGCCACAGCAAGCCGUCCAUGCCAGACUGGCAACAGUGGAAGGUGAAGGGAACGCCGCUGGAGUUCACACAGCAGAGGCUGGCAGCCCGAGGCCUCAAGGACCCAUGGGCACGCAAUGAGGCGUGGAGGUAUUCAGGCGGCUUCGCUCGUGCUGUUACUCUCUCAGAUGUUCUGCUGAGAGGAUUCAAGUGGGGCUUUGCUGCCUUUACUGUAGCUUUGGCUAUAGAGUACACCCUGUUCCCUCCAAAGAAGGGUGGCCACUAAUGCUCAUCAUUGUUCCUCAGCCCCAGACCAUAUGUAAUAAAAUCUAAUUAUAUUCUGUAUUUUCUGUUUAUUAAACAUGUUUGUGAUCACCA